CAUUUCUCAUCAAAAACUUACAUACCACCAGCCAUAGCCUUCGAGAAUACAAAACACGAAGAGUUUGCUUAUUCUAGAAGGUUUACAACUUUUAAAAAUUAUAUCGAAGAAAUGGCUCGUUCUUUCUCUAGUGCCAACCUUAUCUCGUCGUUCCUUGUUGAUCAACUCGUUGUUGUUGCAAGGCGUGGAUACGCGACAGCAUCAACUGGAAGCGUAAGGGGAAGUGGUGUCGCAAUGAUGAAGAAAGCAAGUGAGGAAUCUAAGAAAUCGACUCCAUGGGUUCCAGAUCCCGUCACAGGCUACUAUAAACCCGAGGGCCAAAUUAAUCAGAUUGAUGGAGCUGAUCAGCUACGUGAGCUAAUUUUGAAACAGAAAAACCGUCGUAGCUAAAUCAUUUUGCAAAAAAAAUAAAUUAAAAAACAAAAGAAGAAUAUGUACGAUAAAUCUCAUUCAUAUAUCCAAAACACACCAUACCAAGGACAUCAGUCACAACAAUAUAGAGUGAUCAUAGAAGGAAAAAAUUAUACGAUGUUUUGUUACUUUGUUAGUUUUUGUGUAUCAUUGUUACUAGCUAUGAAUCAUUGUAUUAUUACAACACUUGGUUAUUGGUAUUACGAUAUUUUUAAUCA